AAUUGUUUAUUUUUUUGAAAGUUGUACGUUUUAUAAACUUUCUAUUUUCUAUUAGUGUUGUGUUAAUUUUAAACUUAAUUUAAAAAAAUGUACACUAAAACAAUUUUAUCUUAAAUUUAAGGUACAUUACAUUUAGAAAAAUCUGGUCACAAUUUUUUUACAUAAAAGUAGGAAUAGUUGCUCGGCAACUUCCCCAACCCGUCAUGUCAAACGGUGGUGCAGUCAUCGCCAAUACAAUGACACAACAACCCCAAUCCCAAAUAACAGCCGUCCAGAGUAAUGGAGGCCCGAAGAAAGUAAUUUCAGGAGGUGGUUCAUCUGGAGGUCCCACGCCAGCUGCCACACCAAUUCAGAAUGGUACAGGACAAGGACCAAGUCCCCCGCCUUUGACAAAUGCACCUAAAUAUGGGACACUGGUACCCAACCGUAUAUUUGUAGGUGGCAUAUCCGCCAAUACAACUGAGACAGAAUUAAUGCAACUCUUCUCAGAGUUUGGCACUGUUAAAGCGGCUAAAAUAAUACAAGAUCGUGCUGGUGUUUCAAAAGGAUAUGGAUUUAUUACAUUUGAGAGUGAGGAUGAUGCUCGCCGCCCUCUCCGUAACGCAGAUAACAUAAUGUUGCGGGAACGACGUUUAAAUAUAGCUCCCGCUAUAAAGAAGCAACCAUUUGGACGUCCGAGCACAGGACAACCGUACGAUACUCAUAUACCGAAUGACGGAAGAUCGCCGGCACCACCGUCCCAUCAAGCCGCUAUGCAACCUCCUAUGCCGCCGAUCUUUUUUGGGGCGGCCCCGCCCUUCUACGCCGGUGCGACCGCUUAUUACGCACCACCAGUGCCAUCUAUGGUCAGUUCUGCACAAGCGCCCGUGCAAGUCUCUCAAGCUAACCAAGAUCAGCCGACUCAACAAGCAACUGUGUACCAAGCUCCUCCUGUAUAUCCCACACAGACUGGUCCACCUCAGACUGCUCCAUAUGCUUCAAUGAUGUUUCCUCAGACCAUUUAUAUGCCCCAACAGUACUCAGUGGUUCCGUAUGAUUAUCCGUACGGAGUGGGAGCCGGCCCUACGCCAUCGAACGGCAUACCCGCCCAUUUUGCCAACGCCGGCACACCAUCGGGGGGUGGCGCUUCGCCCCCUCGGGGCCCCUGCUACGCUCCGGGCCCCGCUCCUCAAGAAGCGACCAUAUUAUACGGACCAGCCCCGCCUCACCCGCUGUUCCAUCCGGCUGCGAUGGAUCCGACUGGAGCAGGGGGUCCGCUCUACGCCACCGCCGAUGGGGCUUUUGAUCCCAUGGGCCACGCAACCAUUGCUCACUUCGGCUCCAUGGGGAUGCCGUACGGAAUGAACGAGGACGGGUCGUUUUUGGAUCGGCCAGGUGGUAGCGCUACGCCCCGCUCAGUUCUAACAGCGACGCCGCCUAGCGAGCAACGCAGCACAGCCACGCCAGUCGUAUCGGUGCUCGCUCUCGAACAACAACAGGAAAAGGAUCCCGCGGCGAUGCAGGGAGGGCGCCGGCCCUCCGCGCAAAUUCAACCGCAACGCAGAGGUCCGGCGCCUACAGGAAACCGCCGCCCGUACGGUCGACCACCGAACGUGCAGUUGAAUUCUCAGCCUCCUCCAGCUACUUCGUUCAUACCGCCUGUUCGCCGUCCUCGCAAGCCCCAAAGGCGAACCACCACCCCGCAUGGCGUCACCAACGAGAUCGGUGCCGGCGACGCCCCCUUGCCCAAUCAAGACGACAGUCUAGUGACCCAAGUCGAAGCCCUUAAAAUUUAGGUACUCCUUUCAAGGUGAUCUAUUUUAGUACAAGUUAUUUGUGAGGUUACAGGGUCCCGAGUCGGUAUUAGUUACAAUAUUUUGUGUAUUUAAUUAUGCAACCUAUAGCAGUCUAGGCAAGCUAUCAUCACACUUUAGUUUUUAACAUUUGCGAGCGAUUAUUGGCUUGCCGUCUACAAAAUAUUUGACAACUUACCGCUCAAGGCUAAUAUCUCUUGUAUAAAGCGACAAUUUCAAGUUGCUCUAAAGGGGAGGCUAAGAAAAUUUCUUUUUCAAUUAAUAGAUAGAAGACAUUAAAGGUAUCUACAAUAAUUUAUACUAUUAUAUAAUAUAUUUACUCAAAACUCAUUUUAUUUAACAGUUUUAUACACAAAAUGUCAAUUUGUGUAAAUCCUUAAUGCACGAAGAAAAAAGACUUUCUGUUGUUAAUACUUUAAGACAAGUUUAACUCAUUAACAAAGGAUUUUUACACAUUUUGAAUAGUGGUUUUUAAGAAAUUGUUUAGCCUCUAUGUAUAUUAAAAUAUAUUAUAUACAUAAUGUAAAAUACAUCGGUAAAUAUACUUAAGCUAGCCCCAUAAUUGUAUUAUUUUCAUUUAUUUAAAGAUUGAGUGCGUGAAUGUAUAAUAAUAAGUGUAUACAAGUUUGCUAAAUACAACUUAUAUUGUCAACUAUUGUUUAAUCUGAAGCAGCGUUACAAUGUUGUUUUUACAUUGGAUUGCGCAUAAGAGUAUUUUUAUUUAAUACAAAUUAAAUAAUAAGGAUUAUUUGCACUAUGCCUAGCUUUAUAUAUGACACAUAUUAAAGAUCAUAAGGGGCUUUUGAAUAAAAGAGGAAUAAGGAAUCAAAAAUGAUAUAUUUAAAUAAUAUUCCAUCCUCUAUCAAUGUUCACCUCUAAUCAAGAUAUUACUUUUGAUUCGUGGUGUGUCAAAGAACUUGCAAUAUUUAUUUUUGUUUAGAACAAGCCAUUUUGAUAAUUAAAGAAGACAAUAUGUUGACGCAAACCUAAAAUUAUAUAUAUACAUAAUAUAUAAAGUGAGACGCCAUUAUUGGUCUAGUAUAAGAAUCGGAACUAAGUCACUUCUAAUACAUAUUUCUUUUAAGGUUUUGUAGAUAACAUUAUGAACGAAAUAAUAUUUAGAUGUAAGAAAAAUAUUAAUAUAUUUUAGGUUACGUCGAAAUAAAUAUACAUAAUUAUUAUAUAUACAUAUAUAAAUAUCCAUAACUUGUUAUUUAAUAUAUAAGAUUAGUUGGUUUUCUAAGGUUAUUAUAAUUACUUCUACGAAAAUGUUGGAUGUGGUCGCCAAGUAAAAUCAGAGAAAGUGUAGACUAUUUGCAUGUGAAAUAGGCUGAUCUUUUUUGGAAUGAAGGUGUACAGAUAAAGAAGACUAAUUAGUUUACUGUAAAAACGACUUCUUUAUGAAUCCAUCAGCACAAAUUCAUUAAGAGCGACUAAAUUCCUGAGUAUUGAUUUUUUUAGUAUUCCUAUGUAGUUUAGAUUUGCGAGAUUCAGAAAUACUAGGUUUGAAUUUGUUAGCUAUCCGGUCGGAAUAGCUGGUAUUAAUCGGGUAUUUCUAGCCUCGUAAAAAAAUACUUUGACAAAAAGUGAGAAUCUUGCUCAAAAUGUUGCCAUCGCGUAAACGAAGCAAAUACAUCGUUUGAACAAUGUAAGGGCUUCUUAAUUGUCAAUUUUUAACUCUGAUAUUUGAAUACUGUUACUGAGGCGAAGAUUAAUAUUUGUCAAUUUCCUAGCGUAGUUUAUAUUUUUUUCAUCCAUUAUUUAACAUUAUGUCAAUUUUGCCACAGUUAUUAAACGAAAAGUGUCAAUUUUGCUAUCAUAUAUUUUAAAAAUGUUACUCGUUUUUUUUUUUCGUUUGCAAUGAUAUUUUUUUCGUUUUUUUUUUCAUUACUAAAUAAGGUUUUUGUUUGAAUUUUAGGCUGUGAAGAUGUAUAUUGAUAUGAUUGUUGAAUUAUUUUGUAGAUAUUUAUAGAACUUCCAGACAAAAGUUUUUAUCUGACAUUUUUCAGAAAAAAAUAUGUUUGUCCGUAGGUGAAAUCUCAAGUGCAAAUCAAAAUUUUUUCAUCAUAUUUUAUAAAAUGUUACAAAAGCCUAAAAUCCGUUGUUUAAUCUUUGAUAUGAUAAACAAUAAUCAGAAUUUCUUUUUCUAUUAUUUAUUGUUUUUCAAAUAAUUUGACAAAAUAAACUGUUUUAAAAAUAUUGUAUUGGUAAAGGGGCAUACCUAAUUGUGCGUUGUUAUUACAAUAUUUGUUUUGAGUCCCAACUUAUGUGAGUUAUUAAAAAAAUCCAAAGAUAAGUUAAGAAUAGCACGUAGUUGUAAUAUAUAGCUAAUAGCGUUUUUAAGAUCUUUAGUAAUUUAUUCAGACUACAAUUAUUUAGAUAUAAGUUAGUUCAUAAGAAAAGGGAUGUAAAAUCCAUGAUAUCCAUCGGCCAAAAUCGUUAUUAGUAGGUUAGGACCAUUCUUGUUUUGGUACUGUAGAUUUUUGUUUAUAUGAAAUGAACGAAUUUUGCGAAAUUAUAA